UUCUGUUUUGAAACGCUGUGAGCGGACAACAUGCGACCAGGCUUGAGCAGACCCACCUAAUCCACGAGUCACCUCCCCCCGCACCUCUGCAGUGGGUGAUCCGGGUCCCUGGGCUGCGUGUGCGUCUGGGCCACGUGACCGCGCAACAGCCCUGGCAAUCCUGCUCAACCUCCGCCCGCUCUCCGGCGCGCCCCCGCCUGCGCGAUCCGUGGCGCGGUGGCGCGCGGUGGCUCGCGAUGGCGCGAUGGCGCCCGCUAACCAGCCCCAUGGCGCUACCUACCCGCGCCAAGACUCCCCCGGGGCAGCACCUAGCCCCGCGCUGCCAUGUGCAUCGCAGGCUUCCAGGUGAGGGAGUACAGGGCCCUGCCCUGUGUGAAGUCAAAUCAUGGGCAAAGUGUCCUGUACAUCGGAUUACCCGCCCUUCCUGGGCGGCCCCUGCCCCACCCCGUACAACAGUACGGGCAACUACUACUCCACGUUCUCGGAGAAUGAGGAGCACAGCCACCUGCUGGUGUCGCCUGUGCUGGUGGCCAGCGCCGUGGUAGGCGUGGUGCUCAUCCUCUCCUGCAUCACCAUCAUCGUGGGCAGCCUCCGGCGGGAGCGGCAGGCGCGGCUGCAGUGGUACCACCAGCAGCGAAACCGUCACCGCCGCCGCCACCGCCGCCACCAUGGCGACGAGGAGUAUGACUUCAUGUCGGACGGACACAUACUCGGCCGCAGGAUGCGCUCCAUGUGCGGCACACUCGAGGAAUGGCCGAGGACCCUAGAGCUCAACUCUUGGGGAGAUGUGAACCCCGCGGUGCUCCGGGAGCUGUACCCAGAUGCUCCUCCUUCCUACGAGGAGUGCGUAGGGCCAGGGGCCACCCAGCUCUACAUUCCCACUGAUGCUCCGCCACCCUACUCGCUCACCGACGCCUUCCCGCCGAAUGGCAACCCGAAUCCGGGUGCCGUGGAAUCUGGCAUCCCGAAUCCGGUUGUCCUGCAGCCUGGCAUCCUGAAUCCAGGCACCCUGGAGCCUGGUGUCCUCAGCCCAGGUGCCCCGGAGCCUGGGGUUCUGGGUGCAGGCACCCUGGAGCCUGGCGGUGGCCCUGGUCGCCCCAGGGAUGAGCAGGUGCACAGCAUCUCCAUGGAUGCCCUGCCCCCUUAUGAGAUCCUGAUAAGCAGCCCCCGCUCCAGCCUGCUGCCACUGCCGGGGCCUGGGCCCAUGAGCCCCCCAGACUCACCCAGCCUCGCUCCAGGAGGAGUGCCUGAGUGAGCCAGCCAGCUAGGCCCUGUCAGUGCCUGAGGGAACCUCACCUCAUCUUUCAGAACAUGGACACACACACACACGCACACACACCUGUGCACACAUGCAGGCUUACAUGUACACACAGAUAUACACAUGAUACACAUGUGUACAUAAAGACACCCAACUUACACAGAUGCACAUUCUUUCACACACAGUGGUGCAUAUACAUGCACAUGAUAUGCACUGUGCACAUGCAUGUACACAUAUACAAACUGGCACACAUACACACUGGUACACAUACACACUGAUAUACGUAUACACAUACAUGUACUUGCUCUGGUACAC